UCCUAUUAUCUUCUCAACUUUGGUUUGCUUUAGCACAUGUGUGUUUGUGUAAAUCUCCGUGUGGAGGCUGCGCACAGCUGCUGUCAGGGUGUGUGAUGUGAUCUGAGUCAGCUAUCAGGGUCGUGGUGGUGAUGUGACGCUCUGAGGGACAUUAGAAAGAAAAAGCAGAUGAGUAGUGCUGAUGGUUACCCAGCUGUUGCAUCAUCCUGGGAUACACGAUGGAGCCAGAUGCUACGUGGAGAGCAGCAGCCGUGUGUUGGCUGCAUCAAAGAACAUAUUAGGAUGGCCUAGCUGUGUUGUGUCCGCAGUCUAUCAGCAGUGAGCUACCUGGACCAGAGGUGUGUAUCAGAGGCAGCAGCAGGUUGCAGCAAUGAGUGUGACCUCCUGGUUCCUGGUGAGCAGCGGGGGGACUCGCCACCGACUACCCCGGGAAAUGAUCUUUGUUGGCCGGGAUGACUGCGAGCUCAUGCUACAGUCGCGCAGUGUGGAUAAGCAGCAUGCAGUGAUCAACUACGAGGCUGGGACUGACGAACACAAGGUCAAGGACCUGGGAAGCCUGAAUGGGACCUUUGUAAAUGAUGUCCGCAUCCAGGAGCAGAUGUACAUCACUCUGAAGUUGGAGGACAAGCUGAGGUUUGGAUAUGAUACCAACCUUUUCACGGUGGUGAGAGGAGAGCUCACUGUGCCUGAGGAGGCUCUAAAGCAUGAAAAGUUCACCAGCGGCCUCCAGCUGAGCAAGAAGCCAUCCAGCGGUGAAAGCACUACAACCACAACCACAAGCAAGUCUCCCACUAAGACCCCAACAAAGACACUGAAGUUAGCCAGCGGCAGCACACAGAGGCCGGUGGAGAGUAGAGCAACAGACGGGGUCACUUCUUCCAAAGAGCCAACAGCUAAACCACUGGACGCUCACAAAGCAGAGGAGAGGUUAGGAGGGGACGUUACAGCGCUGCCUCGUGGGACCCCCCUGUAUGGCCAGCCGUCUUGGUGGGGGGAUGGGGAUGCAGACGAUGAGAACUCAUUUAAACAGGAAACAGGAAAAUCAUCCAACAAGAAACAUGACAGCUCCAUUUCAGACAGCAAAGAGGCACGUCGAGGGGAGAAAGCUAAAGAGGACGGCCUUCAUGCGUCCGCCGCCCAUGAUUCCAGUUACUUUGAGAUCCCUACCAAGGAGGGUCACAUGGCGAAUAACGGCAUCCAUGAGAUUCCCACCAAGGACACAGAGGGCACCACCACUCACACUAGCACCACUACAGCUCAAGGUCACGCCUCCUUCACCAUAGAGUUUGACAACACUUCUCCUGGGAAAGUCACCAUUAAAGACCACGUGUCAAAGUUCACACCCGACCACCACAGAUCUCGCUCUAAGAAGAGUGGAGCAGGAAGUGGAGGAGCAGGAGGAAGGGACUUGAGCACUCUGCAAGCCGCUAUGAUGGCAUCGGAGAGCAAGGUGGCAGAUUGGCUGGCCCAGAACGACCCCACGCUGGUGCGUAGCGAGUCAACGGAGGACGACAGCAAGAGCAACAAGAGCAUCAAGAGUGACGUGCCAGUCCAUCUCAAAAGGCUAAAAGGCAGCAAGCAUGAAGAUGGCACCCAGAGUGACUCAGAGAAUGGAGUGGGCCUGCGUUUCGCCAACCGCCGCCACGCCCUCGAGGAACGCCUAAAGGCAGCACACGGCCACGUGGGAGGAGGAACAGGAGGGGGGAGCAUAACAGUGAGCGGGACCAGGGCAACCAGCUCCCGUACUGCCUUUAUGAUCGAGUUCUACGACGAGGAAAACCCCCGCAAGCGUCGGUCGUAUUCGUUUUCCCAGACUGCACCCCUGCAGGUUGGAGGAGCUGGCGGGGAGGGACUGUUUCCCCAGCCUCCCUCUCAUCCCAAGGUGUUCAGCAUUUCCACCUCUGCCACUACAGCCUCAGACGCAGGUAAGGUCCCAGCUCCAAUAUCGGCUACAGUGGCUGCAGGUGCCCCUACGGCUGCCCGCGUCCUUCUCAAGCAGAGGUCAGAGGACCCGAGUAUUGGUCGCAGCUCAGCCAGUACCGGGCUGGCGACCGGUAGCCCCACCAGCCCCAGCGAGGACGCCUCGGUCGUGGGCAGAGGAGCGGGAACUGCUGGUGGGCAAGCAGAGGACGACCACAGCGAUAAGGGGACCUACACUAUCGAACUGGAGAACAGGAACGCAGAGGAAGAGGAGGCCAGGCGUAUGAUAGACAAGGUGUUUGGUGUGCAGCAGAACCAGGACUCCUCUAGUCUCUCAGACCUGAAAGGAGAAGGAAAAGGAAAGGAUACAGGAGAGACAGGGAAAGAGGCUAUUCCUGGUGACCCGAGCUGGGUCUCUCAGUGGGCCAGUCUAGCUGCCAAUCACACCAGGACCGACCCAGAGGGCUCAGGAGCAGAAACAGCCGCCUUCCUGCACAAAGAGAGAACUGAUGCCUUUGAGUCUGGUGCAUCCCUCAGCCGAGGUGAAUCCUCCUCCAGUCUGACUGACCGUAAGCGCAGGACCCUUCCCCAGCUCCCUGUGGAUGACCCCCGGGCUAAAUCCUGCACCAAAGGUCUGGGACUGAGGUCUGAGAUUGGGGAAAAACAGGACACUGAACCCCAGGAAAAAGAGAACAAGGGAGACGGGGAGUCCCCAACUCCCAUGGGCGACAGUGAGAUGACCAGUAAACGGAAACAAAGCUCCACCUCUUCUCCUUCUAAGGCUCUUCUCCGGACCUCUGGCAGCAGUGAGCGGAGGAAGAAGUCAGAGGAGAGGAAAGGAGGAGGAGGAGGAGGAGGAGGAGGAGGAGGAGAAGAAGGAGGAGAGAAGUCUGGGAAGCCUCUUGUGCGCCAGGGCAGCUUCACGAUUGAGAAGCCCAGCGCAAAUGUCCCUGCAGAGCUCAUCCCACGCAUCAACAGAGGCGGCAGUGGGCGUGAACGCAGUGAUUCCGGGGGCAGCAUGGAUACCGCUACCCUCCUGAAGGACACUGAAGCUGUGAUGGCAUUCCUGGAGGCCAAGCUAAGAGAUGAAAACAAACUAGAGCAGAAAAGUAGUAAAACUGGCAUCAUCACUCACGGUUCAGGUUCUGGCUUCCCCACUCGGACUGACUCCAUCUCUCCUGAGUCAGAUGUGGACACGGCCAGCACAGCUAGUCAUGUGGCUGGAGAGGCAGAGAGGAAGGCAUCAGCCGGUGGCGAACAAAAACGACGUUCCUUCAGCAGCAUGCACCGGGAAAAGAGCAACAUGAGCACAGCUUCCAAGACCAGUGUCACUAAUGCAAGUGCCCGUGAACGCUUGGAGAGGAAGUCUAAAACAAGAACAGUGGAGACGGCGAGCCGGACUGAUGCACGCCGCUCUGUUCAGCCAUCCUCUGCCACCUCCAGAGCACGCCAGCCUUCUCUGGAUCUCACGGAUGAUGACCAGACUUCUUCCUUCCCCAUCUCUGACAUCCUCUCCUCAGACCAAGAGACCUACUCUGGACCACUGGGGCAUUCCAAACUCGACAGCAGGUCUGCAAAAUCCUCCACCUGUGGAUCCUCCAAAACCAGCCGCACUCUCCAGGCAGCCACGACCUCCUCCCUGAACAAGCAGGCCUCACUGCCUCAGCCGCGCCCCACAAGAGCCUCCCUUCUCCGCCGAGCUCGGCUGGGGGAUACAUCUGACACGGAUCUAGCUGAUGCAGACAGGGUGUCUGUAGCUUCUGAGGUGUCCACUACCAGCUCCACCUCUAAGCCGCCAUCCGGUCGGAAGGGACUGUCACGGCUGGACAUGCUGGCUCAGCCGCGCAGGAACCGUCUGGGCUCCAUCUCAGCCCGCAGUGACUCAGAGUGUACAGUGACCCGGAGCUCUACCUCUUCACCCCGCCUGUCAGCUGAGACUGCUCUGCGUCUCGGCUUGCGCUCAUCAACACCAACAGAGAACAGGCUGACGCCCAGGAUGAGGGCCAACAGCGUGUCCAAACUGAAUGAGACCAAGACUAAAACCACUACAUCUGGAUACUGCUCGCCCACAGUGUCCAGUAGCAGCAGGUGGAGACGUCUGCCGCCGGAGUACGGUUCCACCUCAGAGGAAGAGUUUGGCUCCAACCGGAAUUCUCCAAAGCAAGGAGGACGCUCCCACAUACGGCCUCAUCACCUCGUCCCACAUCGCGGCUCGAGACUCAGCACCACCGCCAGCCCAGGUUCCGCCGUGGUGACGGGUCCGGGUGGAGUAGGGGUCAAACACCGCAUGAAAGAGCAAGAGGAGUACAUCAGGGACUGGACAGCACACAGCGAGGAGAUAGCCAGGUUGUUCCCAUGUGUGCGCAGGAUCAGCCAGGACCUGGCUAAGGACUUGGCCAUCCUGGCCCGUGAGAUCCACGAUGUGGCCGGUGAGAUCGACUCGGUCAGCUCAUCUGGCACCGCACCCAGCACCACCGUCAGCACCGCCGCCACCACCCCGGGAUCGGCCAUUGACACCCGGGAAGAGGUAGGCCCUGCACGUCCCACGCAGCCGGAUAUACAGGAGAGCAUGAGAAAGUUGGUGGAUCGGGUGUUUGAUGAAAGCCUCAACUUCAGGAAGAUCCCUCCUGUCAUUUCAACCAAUAAGGCACCAGAGAUCAACGGUAAGCCGGUGGAGCUCCGUCCCCGUGCUCCAGACAGCCUGGAGCCCCGAGCUCUGAGAAGACGCACCUGGAACCGAGAGGAGGCGGUGUUGGACAGCCUGCUGCUCAAUUCAGUUUCUCAGCUGUCCUCCAAGAUCAGACACUCUGUCGACAAAACAGCAGGAAAAAUAAGGAUAUUGUUUAAGGAUAAGGAAAGGAACUGGGAUGAAAUUGAGAAUAAACUGCGAUCGGAGAGUGAUAUACCACUCCUGAAAACCUCCAACAAGGAGAUCUCCUCAAUUCUGCUCGAACUAAAGAGAGUUGAGAAGCAGCUUCAAGUGAUCAAUGUGAUGGUAGAUCCAGAUGGGACUCUGGACGCCCUGGCCAGCCUCGGCCUGACCAGUCCCACCACCCCUACCAAGCCCCAAACCGCCAAAACAACCUCCCCCUCUGCCACGAGCCCUGGGUCUGUGCUCCCAGCCAAAGAAUCACUGCCGGGGAUCCUUCCUGUGCCCGGAGGAUCAACAGCUAGGGUUCAGGCUGCCUGUGCCAGCACAGAGGAGACUGCACGACAACCCAGCGUGGGUCUGGAGUUAACAGGAGUCGGAGGACUGCCCUUCAGCCGCGUGCGGCCAAGCGGGGAGGAGGCCAUCGCACAGAAGUGAGCAGAAAGUUUCCCUGAAAUCAACAUGAUGUGAAUAAACAUGAGUCUGGAUUGGAGUGCA